AGGGUACCAAAGAUAUAAUUUUGAUAACAAACAAAGGGAUUCUUUAAAAUAUUUAUUUUUAUAAAAAAAAGAAUCUAGCUAAUACAGGGAUGAUAUGGUUCUCAAGGGAACAGGUAAAACUACAAAGGAGACGCCAAGAGCGUCUCCCACGGCGAAUAUUUCGGUCAUCGGAUCGUUAAAGAGGUUCCCAGAUAGGGAAUAUGCUAGAGAUCUUUUACAUGAAGUAGCUAAACUUGCAGCGCCAUUAAUUCAUGAAAGAGGGUUUAAAGUUGGAACAUUAUGCGAAAUGUUACCGAAAAAUGCGAACUUGUUGGGGUUAAAUGUAAAUAGAGGACAGAAGAUCUUGCUUCGGCUCCGAUAUCAUUCCAAUACCAAACUGUUUCUCCCCAUGGGAGAUAUAAUGGGCACCUUCUUGCAUGAAUUAACCCAUAAUGUGUAUGGACCGCAUGAUCAAAAGUUUUAUAAAUUAUUGGAUGAAUUAAAGGAACAAUACGAAACUCUUCAAUAUGGUGGUAAAAGUAAGACUGGUUAUAUUUGUGAAGAAGAGAAAUUAGGUGGAGGAUAUAGGUUUGGAGGAGGGUUUGUUUCUGAGCGAGAUCAACGGAUAAAGGCGUUGAGCAAAUCGAAAUAUGUAGGAGGAUCACAGAAAUUGGGGGGAAGUGGGGGUAUAUCUAAAGGUAGUAAGAGUGGAUUAUCCUUGCGACAACUUGCACUUGAAGCUGCUGAACGUAGAGCAAAGGAUUCCAAAUGGUGUACAGGAGGAGAGGUUGGAGAUAUAUCUAAGGACGAUGAAUUAAGUGUUAUAAAUGUUGACGAUGGAUACCAAGAGGUCAUUGAUCUUACUGCAGACGAAUAUGACGAACCUACACCAAGAAAAGAGGUUAUAGUGGUUGAUGCAUGCGAAGAAAAGGAAGAUAAUUCUAUAAAAGUGGUUCGAAAGGAUCCAAAAUCUAUAUUACGACAGCUGGAUCUGGUUAGUAAUAACCGUGGUUCACGACUGGUUUCUUUUGGUCUACUUCCUUCAUUAGAUGAUGACGAAUUUGAUGGGUCAAAUCAACCGGAGGACAAACAAGAAGACGAAGCAACAGUACAUUAUGUUUCAUCGUCUUCACCAAGAACAUUCAUUCAAGAUGGAGAGAAAUAUCCAAGAAGGAAGCUUGUAGCAGAUUUAAAUUUCAAUCAAAUCAUGAGAUACGAUGUAGUUGAACUACUGGAUACAUCUAUGGAACAAGAAUCGUUUGAAUCAGAGUGUCAACCAAUUAUAGAAGAAGAUUUCAAAGCACCUGGACCAUCUUCAAAACUAGACACACAAAAGAAUCCGGAUCAUUCCAAUUCUCCUAAAAACAUUCCUUCAUCCGAAGAUGUGUCAAUGGUACCAGAAGCCUUGAAACUGACACCACCAUCGCAGAAACCAGCGCGAACUAAACGAUCGUACAAGCAAAGAAAGAAAGAAGGUGCUGCAUCUAGGAAACCACCCAAGAAGAAAAAUAGUAAACCUAAGAAGAAGAGUCCACCAAAGGAAAAGGAGAUCAUAAAGAAGAAUAAGAAGACUGUUAAGUCUAUAGAUUUCCAUGAUCUAUUUUAAAGUGCUCUAUUGUAUACAUUUCUUUUUUUUUUAGACCCUAAUAUUUA